CAUUUUGAUGCGGGGCUGGGGCGGCGGCUCGCGGCUGGGGAUGGUGCCGCUGCCUCGGGCAGCGCCGUGACUCACUGGGGGAGGCGAGCGGGGCCCGCCGCGGGCGGGGGCGCAGGCGGCCCUGCCUGGAUGCGGAGCCAGCGGCGGAGCCGACCCGCGUCCGUGCGGUGACGGGAGCCGGGCUCGCCUCCCCCUCCCCGCCGCGGGGGAGCCGAGCGGCGAGGGCCGCGGGGGGGGCCCGGUGCCCCCUCACCACCGCCCCGGGGAAGGGAUCCGGAGGCGGGGGGAGAAGAUGAGCAGCGAGGUGCUGUGGCUUUUCAAGCAGCUGAAUGUGCACCUGGAGCAGGAGGGGCGGUUCCAGCCCCGCGAGAAGGGGCUCAGCCUCAUCGAGGCCGCCGCCGAGAAUGAAAAUACUCUGUCUCCGAGACAAAGGAAUGCCAAGGUGGAAGAUCUGUGGAGUCUGACCAACUUUUUCGGUUUUGCAACUGAAACGUUUGUUUUGGCUGUUAACAUUCUGGACAGAUUCUUGGCUCUUAUGAAGGUGAAACCGAAGCAUUUAUCUUGCAUUGGAGUUUGUUGUUUCCAACUGGCUGCCCGAGUAGUGGAAGAAGAAUGCAAUAUUCCAUCUGCACAUGAGAUCAUCCGGAUCAGCCAAUGUAAAUGCACUGUGUCCGACCUGAAACGGAUGGAAAAGAUAAUUUCUGAAAAGUUGCACUUUGAAUUUAAAGCUACUACUGCCUUAACCUUCUUGCACUUGUACCAUACUAUUGUACUCUGUCAUACCUCAGAAAGGAAAGAAGUCUUGAAUCUCGACAAAUUGGAAGCACAACUGAAAGCUUGUAACUGUCGUCUAGUUUUUUCUAAAGCAAAACCAUCUGUCUUGGCCUUGUGCCUUCUCACUCUAGAGGUUCAGACUUUGAAAUCUGUUGAGCUGUUGGAGAUCCUUCUGCGUGUUCAAAAGCAUUCUAAGAUAAGUGAUAGUGACUUACUUUACUGGAGGGAACUGGUCUCAAAAUGCCUAGCAGAUUAUUCUUCUCCUGAAUGUUGCAAGCCUGAUCAUAAAAAGCUAGUCUGGAUUGUUUCGAGACGUACAGCCCAGAAUCUCCAAAACAGUUACUACAGUGUUCCUGAGUUGCCAACGAUACCAGAGUGUGGAUGCUUCAAUGAAAGUGAGAGUGAAGACUCCUGUGAAGAUAUGAGCAGCGGAGAAGAAAGCCUUAGCAGUUCUCCUCCGAGUGAUCUGGAAGGCACCUUCUUCUUUGAACUCAAACCUAAGACAAAGUGGCAAACUCUUAGCUGUCAUUCUUAGCAUUGAGUCUUGAUUGUAUGAGGAUGAGAUUUGAUUGCACCAUAGAGUCUUUUGGCAAUAAUAAAUGAGGUGGUUACCCGUAAACUGUA